AUGACUGCCACGGCUCUCCCGUCGGGUGUUAGUGGCCCUCCAACGGUGAACCGGAAGGAUAACCAUGGAGGACUGGUAGUGGUGAUCACCGGCUUCUGCUUGGUCCUGGUACUUUCGUCCCUGGCGGCUCGGACGUUUUCCUCGUACAAGAGACGGAUUAUCCAGAAGGACGACUACGGGUUUAUGGCUGUACUGGUUGUUGCACUGGCACAGACGUCCCUGGUACUGGCGCAGGUUCACUACGGCUGGGGAGCAACCGAAGAAACACUCGCCUCCGCAACGAAGGAAAAAAUGCUCAAGAUGGGAUACGCCUCCGAUAUUCUGUUUGUUGUCACCCUCGGCCUGUCGAAAAUAACGACCGCAGUCUUCUACAUGACCCUGUUCAAGCAGAAACUCCGUACCGUCAUCCGUGGCCUUCUCGUCGGAGGAGGCGUCUGGGCUAUACUGUCGGUUAUACUGUUAGCGGUCCGGUGUAGCCACCGACCAUGGCUCGAUAUCGACGCACAAUGUGGCGGUUUGUUCCAAAAAUGGCAGGCAAUCACCGCUAUGGAUAUUAUCCUCGAGAUCCUCCUCAUCCUCUACUCCGCCCGAGCGAUAUACAGCAUCAAAAUCUCAACGCGACAAAAACUCGUCGUAUUCGGCACCCUCAGCUGUCGAAUCAUACUCAUCCCCGUGGCUGCUAUACAUCUUUACUAUGUCAAAGUCCAGCUAGAUUCAGAUAACCCCACCCUCUAUGGAGCGUUCUCCAGCAUAACCGCGGAACUCUACCUCGCCAUGAGCGUCGUCUGCCUCGUCGCCUCGUUCAUGAAGCCCGUGCUGGCCGUCUAUGUCGAUGAGUACGGCAUCGCCUACACGGACGACGUAUCGCCGCCGAAUUCGAAGUUGCGAAGUCAUACCUCGUCCGAUAGCAGGUCGCGUAGGUUGCGGCGGUCGGAGACGGACUACGAUCGUGGCUGGGAGGGCAUGCCUGGUCGGGCCGCCCCGGCUGCUUCAGGAGGACGCAUCAUAAAGACGGUGCAGAUUAGUGUGAGCGAUGGGCCAAUGGAGCUUGAGAGGCGGGGGCCGGUGGUAGUGGAUGGUGUAUAA